UUUGUAGAAGAAGCAAUCUUGAAUCUUUCGUGAUCAUAAAGAUUCGAGAGGAUCUCUGGGUUCUCUACUGAUUUGUCGGAAUCUCUCCCAACAGAAUCACUUGAUCUUAUGUCCGGAUGGAAGAGAGAGAAGGAACCAACAUCAACACAAGCAGUUUCGGCUUGAAGCAACAUGAAGCUGCUGCUGCUUCUGAUGGUGGUUACUCAAUGGACCCACCACCAAGACCCGAAAAUCCUAACCCGUUUUUAGGCCAACCCACCACUGUAUCCGCCGCCGCCACCGUAGCAGCCGUUACUGAGAAUGCGGCUACUCCGUUUAGCUUAACAAUGCCGGCGGAGAACACUUCCUCUGAGCAGCUGAAAAAGAAGAGAGGGAGGCCGAGAAAGUAUAAUCCCGAUGGGACUCUUGCCGUGACUUUAUCGCCGAUGCCAAUCUCAUCUUCGGUGCCGUUGACGUCGGAGUUUCCUCCAAGGAAACGAGGAAGAGGACGUGGCAAGUCUAAUCGAUGGCUCAAGAAGUCUCAAAUGUUCCAAUUCGAUAGAAGUCCUGUUGAUACCAAUUUGGCAGGUGUAGGAACUGCUGAUUUUGUUGGUGCCAACUUUACUCCUCAUGUGCUGAUCGUCAACGCUGGAGAGGAUGUGACGAUGAAGAUAAUGACAUUCUCUCAACAAGGAUCUCGUGCUAUCUGCAUCCUUUCAGCUAAUGGCCCUAUCUCUAAUGUUACGCUUCGUCAAUCUAUGACAUCCGGCGGUACUCUAACUUAUGAGGGUCGUUUUGAGAUUCUCUCUUUGACUGGUUCGUUUAUGCAAAAUGACUCUGGGGGAACUCGAAGUAGAGCUGGUGGUAUGAGUGUUUGCCUUGCAGGACCAGAUGGUCGUGUCUUUGGUGGAGGACUCGCUGGUCUCUUUCUUGCUGCUGGUCCUGUUCAGGUAAUGGUCGGGACUUUUAUAGCUGGUCAAGAGCAGUCACAGCUGGAGCUAGCAAAAGAAAGACGGCUAAGAUUUGGGGCUCAGCCAUCUUCUAUCUCCUUUAACAUAUCUGCAGAAGAACGGAAGGCGAGAUUCGAGAGGCUUAACAAGUCUGUUGCUAUUCCUGCACCAACUACUUCAUACACGCAUGUAAACACAACAAAUGCGGUUCACAGUUACUACACAAACUCGGUUAACCACGUCAAGGAUCCCUUCUCGUCGUCCAUCCCAGUAGGAGGAGGAGGUGGAGAGGUAGGAGAAGAGGAAGGCGAGGAAGAUGAAGAAGAUGACGAUGAAUUAGAAGGUGAGGACGAAGAAUUCGGAGGCGAUAGCCAAUCUGACAACGAGAUUCCUAGCUGAUGAUCCUACGGUUUCUUUUCACGGAUUUGUUAGGUUUGAUGGGUUUCAGAUUUUGGUUGAUUGUUUUAUUAACACAGAAUGUUUAGAAGCUGCUUAUCUUUAGGGUUCCCUCCUCUUGUGAUUGUUGUAGUAUCCAUGUUAGAAACAAACUUACGGUUGCAAAACUCUCCAAAAAAAGUUUUCACUUUGC